CUGAGGUCUGCAAAUUUCGCGAAGAGUUUAUGAAAUUAAUGCAAUGAGAAAUAUUCCACGUGGAAAGAAGUGACAGGUUGCUUUUGAAAUGAGAGCAUAUCUUGAUUUAGAGUCUGUCUUUCAUGGAUCGCAUUCUUGAGCCAUUCAGAAAUAUAAUUUCCUUCUUGUUUGGUAGAGGGCUGACUUCGAAUCCUACAAAGAUAUCUUUAUCCGAUGUUGACCUCACAUCUGAACAAGAAGAAGAUGUGGGUAGAAUUUUGGAGGCUUACAAAAAUCCUCUCAAAGUUCAGCAAUUUAUUCUAGAAGGUAAACAAAUUUGUUCAAUUCCAAUUCAGCUUUGCUCCUUCUCAAAUCUCCAAAAAAUCAUAUUGCGUGGGAAUCAAUUGACUGAUAUUUCUUGGUCGGUAAUUUACCUCAAACAACUCAAAGAGCUUGAUUUAUCAUUUAAUGCCUUGGAAAGGUUUCCAAGAAUCAUUGCAUAUAUUCCAACCCUGGAAGUUCUUUCAGUCAGGGGCAACUAUAUAACUUAUUUGCCAACAGAGCUUCUCAAUUUACCAAGUUUAACAAGUCUUGAUGUUCGAGAGAAUCCUUUAACAUCACCUCCACCAGAAAUUGUAGAACAAGGGUUACAAUCCAUUUUAAAUUACUUAAAAAAGAGGAAGGGUAGGAGAAACCUGUUUUGCAACUUCAAACCGUGGUUUUGUGAGGACAAAGGCCCUGUUAUUGCCGAAGUAUCUACAUUGUUUGAACUCUCUAUCAAGUGUAUUCUUGAUUGUCAUAUCGACUUUCUCAGUGCAGGACACUUACCACCGCGACUGAAAUCAAAUCUCGAAGAGAACAGGAAGGAAGAACAAAGCUCUAUUUUUAUUUGCAAAUGCAACGUGUGCAAGAAGUAUUUCUCCAAUAAGUUUAGAUUUGAAAUCCACGACUGCUCGGUAGUUCAAUAGCAAGCGGUAUCCCUCUGGCCCUAACUGGUUACGUUGCCUUAUUUUCGUAAGCAUUUAAACAGUAUAUUGCAAACAAAUUUCUUAGGCUGACUGGUUGGAAAUCAGAGAGGAAACAUUUUGUUUUAUAACAGAGA